AUGUCCUACGAACAAGUAUUUAGAGAAUAUAACACAGCAACUGCAUUCACUCCAACACUGCCAUUGGAAGUUCAACCAAGAUAUGCAGUACUUGCUUCCAUAGUGGCUUUAUUGUGUAUAUCUGGAGCAUUCGCUCUAGCUUCUUCAAAGAAGAAUAUGGUUAUCAAGUUUUUGGAAUAUCUUAUCCUUAGUGUAUUUGGAAGUCUAUUUUUUGGCAUAGCUGCUGUGCUAUCCUCUAAUUCAUUUGGUGUUUACGUUUAA